AUGUAUAUUAAAGCAGAGAAUAGAAAGAAUGUUCUUCCUCCACCAAUUGAAACGAAAGCAGAGAAAGAUAAGAGAGGUUCGGAUACACAUCAUGGACAUAACAGUAAAAGUCAUAUUAUAGAUGAAGUUAUUGAGAAUAAAGAUGAGCACGAAGAUUUCUCUCAUGAUGCAAAUGCUGAAUGCUCUUCUCCUACAUUUGAAGAGUUUACUCACAUGACAAAUAAAAUUGGGGGUGAAAGGAAAACGUCGUUAAAUUCUUUAAACUCGAUGGAUUUCCUCUAUAAACCGCAAAGAGUGACUCAAAUGAACGUAGAUAAGUUUCCUGAAGAAGAAGUUAAGAGGAAUACUGAUUUAAACAAAAAUAUAAGGUUAGUGACUUCUGGGAGUGUUGCUAAGGAUGAGGAGGAAACAGGGAGAGAAUAUAUGUCACCAAUUGAUUUACCUGAAAUAUCACCGAGAUCCACUAUUCAAUCUUCUGAAUUUAUUCAAAAUAAUAAGACACAGGAAGGUGUUGAUGAACGCUACGAUGGUAUAACCCCACUUUCACCGAUUUAUAAGAAAUCGGGAGAGCUGUUAAAAAGUUCACUAAAGAGAAGGUCUAAAUCAUUACCAUCAACUUCUGAAAUUCUUCAAAAAAGUCUUAGAUUUGAAAAUGAUGCUAUGGAGAUGGUUAGGAGUAAGAGUGUUCAUUUUGAUCAAAAAGCUCCUGUGAAAUACUUUAGAGAAGAUGAAAGUCCUAGUACGGUUAAUAUGAUGGCUGAAUUUGAUAAUUUGUUGAAUCUCAUGCAUAAACCAGUGAAUAGAGUUUUUGAAUAUGGAGACAAGGAAUUGGCUGCUUUAGGAUUAGAUAAAGUUGGUGAUACUGCUGUAAAUAAAGGUGCAGAAACUAAAUUAAGGAAAAGUAAAAGAUUUCAGAAUGUUAUUAAGGAUAAGAAAAAGGAUAAUGAUGCUAAUGGUAAUGCUAAUGGUAAUGAUAAUGAUAAUAUUAAUGAUAGAGAAAAUAAUAAAAAGAAAAUCAAAAAUGAAGAUUCUGAAAAUGAAAUUAGGAGAGUCUCUGAUGCAAUUGCAGAUAAUUUAAAGAUUAAUACGAAAAAGAACAAUAAAAUCGUAACGAAUCCAUACUCAAAUUCCAAACGAAUGAAUGUGAUAACUCAUACCAAAGUUGUUGGUUUGUAUAAUAUCAAUUUCCCCAUUUUGAGUAAUAAGAAUCCCAAGAGUUUAAAAUUGAACAUUUUUAUCAAAUUAUCCAAAGAUAAGAAAUGUUUCUUACAAGAGGUAACUUUACAUAUUGAAAAGGAAAAUCCCCUGAAACGAUUGUUACCAGCGAAUGGAUCAAAUUCAGAAUUUGGGCAAGGUAGUAUAAUACAAAGGAGUACAAGGUUAAUUACGGGUAAGAUUCUUGUUAAGAACAUAUUCUAUGAUAAGAGAGUUAUAGUUAGAUACACAUGGAACGAUUGGAGGACUGUGCAUGAUGUUGAAUGUAUAUGGGUUAGUGAUGGAGAUGGAAUUGUACCAGGAACGAAUAUGGAUGUUUUCCGUUUCUUAAUCGAUGAUGCUAACAAGUUGGAAGCCAGGGCCAAGCUAGAAUUUUGCAUACAAUAUACCGCUCGUAAUGAUACCGAGCGUCUUGAGUAUUGGGACAAUAAUGACGGUAAGAACUACAAAGUGGGAGUUAUCAUGAAUGGGUUUACCAAUCCAUUUGCACUCAAUUGA